GAUUCUAUAAAUACCGGUGUGUAUCUUCCAACCAGAGCACCCCACAUCGGAACAAAUUUAAUCCUCACAACUCUCAGUCUCAGAAUUUUCUCGCUUUCCGUCUCUCGCAAACGAGCCAGAGAAAGAUACUAGUAGUCUUGAAAAAAAAGGGCAACGCCAACGAGGACAUGGGACAGCCUGGAGGCCCAUCAAGCACCGGAGGCCUUAGGGAGAAUCAGGCCCAGCAAAGCAACCCCGUUGGCUACCUCCUCACCGCUUCUUCCUCUAUGGACAGAGCGCAGGCCCCUGUGAGGGCAUCCUAUGAGCAUCUCGGGCCUUUCAGAGGUGGCGCACCACGCUUUGGUCUUUCGACUAGGAGAGUCUCCCCUUCCCCUACCCGACGCCCCCAGCUCGGCAAUCUCCUCGCCGGUCGUACCGUGCCCGCGCGGAGCAACAUUGGCAUGGGUCAUGGACUGCUCCUCCCCACGCCACCGCACGCGGCGCAAGUACAACGACAGAGGUGCCAGUGCCACCAUGCUACUCCAAGGAAUGGUGUUUUGCCGCCGUCGCUUGUGCAAGCUCGGAGCACCGACCAUUUCACCUUCCAGUCGCCGCAGCCACGCUCCGUGGCACCGGACAGGGGCAACCGCUUCUACCCGCAGUUUCUCGCGCCGCCGCGGCAGGCGGUGCCUGCGCAGUUCCCCGGUGGUCCGGCCCCGACGGCUUCCGGGGUUCUCAACGCUUCGUCGUCACAAUCAACCCGAGCACAGAGCGUCUUCCUGCUUAGCUCCGGUCGCCGCGACGCGCUUGCGCGAGAAGCGGCCACCGGAAUCAUGCAACGGAGAGAGCCGCCGACCCGUCGUGUCGGGGGGGCCUUCCUCGCACAGCUCGCAGGCACCGGAUCUGUGCAACGGGGCUUCGAUGGCGGUCUCCUCCAUGAGCGCCCGCUUCUUGUAGGCACUGCAGGAUCCGCGCAACGCGCGAUGGGCUUUGGCGACGCUCGUCUCCCACACGGGCAGUCCCUUCUUGCAAGGAUCAGGGCCGCGCUGCGCGAGGAGAUGAUGCGCUUCGACGACGACGUUGAUGGCCUCCACAGGCGCACGCUUCUUGCAGGCACCGGGUUCGCGCCUCGUACGGAGCCGAUUGGCUUCUUCUACGUAGGUCUCCAUACGCGUACGCUUCUUGCAGGCCCCGGAUACGUGUCGCGCAGGCAGUGGCAGUCUACGGGCCUCGGGGCUUGCACAGCGCAAAUGAUGGAGUCAUCAGGCGACGACAACCGAGCGGCGGCGGCGGCGGCGGCGACGAGAAAUGAGGCCAUAUUGUGGCGCCGAAAUAGGAUGGUUAGGAUUCAGGGGGACGCGACAAGAGCCCGCGCUGACAUCCUUGCAGCUUCUCGUGGCCGUGGGGGACGAGGUGGUGGCAGCCGGGCGCCGCCGGACGGUUGGAACUAGCUAAGGAGACGGAUCCUUUGCUAAGGUGUCGAUCGACGACGAACAUCUUCCAACAUGAAAAAUGAAUUUUAGAUGUCCCUUUGCUCUGCUGGAGUUUUACUUAAAAUAAAUGGUCACCAGACCAAUGUCAUGUUCCUUUGCUCUGCUGGAGUACAAUUUACCAGUUAUUAUAAGAAGAAUUUAAUUUU